GCGUCUCUCUGCUGCGGCGCGGGGACCGCUGUGCUCUCGGUAGGCGGCUGGGCUGGGUGGGCUCCGCACUUCCUUCCAGCUCCGUGCCGCGCGUCCCGGCACCCUUAGGCCCACUCCGGGAGGGGUCUGCGUCCUGGGCCCGCCUGCCGGCUGUUCCGUGUCCCGCCGUGCCCGUCGCGGGCGGCCUCGCGCCUGUUCCGCUGCAGGUUGGCCCCGGCGGCGGGAGCGCCCCCGAUCCGGACAAAGAAACGAGCGCUCGGUGCGACCAGCGGCGCGGGCGGCUUUGCCAGCGCGCGUGUGCUUGUGUCCGCGAGUGUGCGUGUGUGUGUGCAUUUGGAUGUGGAAUGCCGGGUGUUUCGGGAGCAAUGAGGUAACUCAGGCCCGGGAGGGAGCCCAGUCAUAUACCAGCAUCUAGGAUUGGUUUGUGUGAUUUGAACCCACUAUUUUUUAUUUUUUUGAGACACGGUGUCACUCUGUCACCCAGGUUGGAGUCCAGUGGCACGAUUUCUGCUCACUGCAGCCUCCACCUCCCGGCCUCAGGAAACGGGGUCUCUGGGGGAUCCAGUGACGUGCCCGACCACAGAGACCAGACCCCUCCUCCUGUAGAGAGUGGUGCUGCCCUCUCGGGAUGUACCUGCAGGUGGAGACCCGCACCAGCUCCCGCCUCCAUCUGAAGAGGGCUCCAGGCAUCCGGUCCUGGUCCCUGCUGGUUGGAAUCUUGUCGAUUGGCCUGGCUGCUGCCUACUACAGCGGAGAUAGCCUGGGCUGGAAGCUCUUCUACGUCACAGGCUGCCUGUUUGUGGCUGUGCAGAACUUGGAGGACUGGGAGGAAGCCAUCUUCGACAAGAGCACAGGGAAGGUUGUUUUGAAGACGUUCAGCCUCUACAAGAAGCUGCUGACUCUUUUCAGAGCUGGCCACGACCAGGUGGUGGUCCUGCUCCAUGAUGUCCGUGAUGUGAGCGUGGAGGAGGAGAAGGUCCGGUACUUCGGGAAGGGCUACAUGGUGGUGCUCCGGCUUGCGACGGGCUUCUCCCACCCCCUCACGCAGAGUGCAGUCAUGGGCCACCGCAGUGAUGUGGAAGCCAUCGCCAAGCUCAUCACCAGCUUCCUGGAGCUGCACUGCCUUGAGAGCCCCACAGAGCUGUCUCAGAGCAGCGACAGUGAGGCCGGUGACCCUGCAAGCCAGAGCUGACAGCCCCACUGUGCCUGAGCCCGUGCACCGCCCACAGGACCCGACCCGUGGCACAUUCCCGGUGUGCCUGAGCCCGUGCACCGCCCGCAGGACCCGUGGCACAUUCCCGGUGUGCCUGAGCCCGUGCACCGCCCGCAGGACCCGUGGCACAUUCCCGGUGUGCCUGAGCCCGUGCACCGCCCGCAGGAUCCGUGGCACAUUCCCGGUGUGCCUGAGCCUGUGCACCGCCCGCAGGACCCGUGGCCUUGGCUUCAGUCGGUGCCUCCAGCCGAGUUGGCCUAUUGCCUGCUCAUGCUGCUGCUUGCACACUGCAUGAAACAGCAGGCCAGACCAGGACACCCAGACCUUCUCCAUCGUGAGGCCUGGGCCUGCCUUUCUGCAGCCGGAGGUCUCGCCAGCCCUGGACUCCUGCUGUGGGCCACAGCAAGACCUCGGGUGAGUGGAGAGGCGGGGCCAGGCCGGGCCCUUGUGGGUGCUGAUGCUGCAUGUUGUCCCCAACACAGCGUCCUCUCCCUGGUGGACAUCCCCAGCGGUCAGGUGCUUCCCCAAGGGCAGUGAGGGGUGAACAUCCAGGGCCUACCUGGCUGUGCACGCUGCAGCCACACUGUGGAAGCUGCCCCUCCCCGAGGACCCGCCUCCCUUGCUGAUGCCAGGAUCUCGGCGCAUAGACCACUCUGCCCCAGUGGUCGUCACAGAAAGGUCUCUCUGUUCCUCACACUCAGCCUCAGCAUAAGCUGUGAGGCCAGAAAAAAGGUCAGCUCUUCUAGUAUCGUGCAGUGCUUAAAAACUGGGAGCUCCGACCGGGCGCAGUGGUUCAUGCCAGUAAUCCCAGCACUUUCGGAGGCCGAGGUGGGAGGAUUGCUUGAGGCCAGGAGUUCAAGACCAGCCUGGGCAACACAGCAAGCUCCUGUCUUUGUAAAAAAAACUAACCAAACAGGAAAAACUGGGAGAUUUUCUGCAGAAAUUGAGUUCCAGCCUCUCUCGAACCUGGGAAGACCUGGCAGGAGGGGCUCUCGGCUACAGACUUCUCCCCACCCCGUAGGAGCUGAACGCCAACCAUCCUGACCCGCCAGUGCUCUUGGUCUCCUGAGUGCACCCAGGUCCUCCCAGGUGCGGUGUGCACCGAGCGCGCCUGGCCUGAUGCCCUGGCCUGUGAGCUGGGGACUCCUGGGCCCUGUGAGCCCCUAGGUGGCAGGCCCAGGAAUGGCUGGGUAGGACAGGGAACACCUUUGCCCCACGUCUGGCUGUGACCUCGGUGAAAGCCGACAGGAGAGAGAUGGGACCCUCCUACUCAGCAGUGGCUGCCAGUCCCUCGUUGCAGGACAUGGUCAUCGUAACCAUAAAUAACCCUUCGCAUGUCA